AUGAUUGAUUUGCAAGAUGGUCAUCCAAAUCAUCGAUUGUGGCAAAAAAUGAUUGACACAGGACGUUCAUCAGCUGCUAACUGUGCAAAUUUACUACGCAAUGAUGCAUCAAUAAAAACAGUUGAAGAAUUUCUUGAUACACUCAUUAAUUCAAGCCAUUAUGAUAGGCGUAUCCGGCCAUUUUUUGAUCAACAUAAACCAUGCAAUGUAACAAUGACGAUACACAUUAAUACGAUUUCAGCUAUCAAUGAAGUUAACAUGGAUUAUAAUACAGAUUUGAUUUUUCGUCAAUCAUGGUAUGAUCCAAGAUUGAAUUAUUCAGGAACAGAUUGGGCAAAAAAAUCACCACAAAUUACAUUGCAUUAUUCACUUAUUGAUCGUAUAUGGGUACCUGAUUCGUUUUUUCGUAAUGCUAAAGAAGGUAAACGUAGUGAUAUAACAGUACCCAAUCGGUUAAUUCGUAUUCAUCUUGAUGGAAAAGUACUUUAUAGUCAAAGACUUUUACUUAAGCUUGAUUGUCAAAUGAAAUUACAGAAAUUUCCACUCGAUAAUCAAACGUGUGUUGUCAACAUUGGCAGUUAUGGUUUCGAUACAAAUGAUUUGGCAUUUUUUUGGGAUGAAGCUCAAAAUAUAAGUGCUAUUCGAGUUAAUGAAGAUCUAGAAAUGCCCGAUUUUGUUUUAAGUAAUCAUGAAGCACGGUAUUGUAAUCGAACAACAGCAACAGGCACAUUUACUUGUAUCGAAGUGCAUCUAGCAUUACAACGAAAUCUCAAUUUAUAUAUCCAACAGCUUUAUUUACCGUCGACAUUGAUUGUUGCUUUAUCAUUCAUCUCAUUUUGGAUCGAUUAUAAAUCACAUCCUGCACGAGUCUUACUAAGUUUACUUUCCAUUGUUACUGUAACAACAAAGGCUGAAGGCAGUUUUACAUGCCUUCUUGUUGUUCUACAUUUAAAACGUCUAUUUGGUUAUUAUCUUGUUCAAGUUUAUAUACCAUCAAUGCUCAUUGUAAUUCUUUCAUUUGUUUCAUUUUGGAUUGAUCAUAAAUCGGUUCCAGCAAGAAUUUCAGUCGGACUUUUGACUGUUCUUACAGUUACUACUCAAAGUUCAGGUAUACGAUCACAACUCCCACGUGUAUCAUAUAUCAAAGCAAUUGAUGUAUGGAUGUCAGCAUGUCUUGUUUUUGUAUUUGCUGGUCUACUUGAAUAUGCAUUGGUCAAUGUUAUUGCACGUAAAGGUGAAUUAAGACAACAAGUUCGUUUUUCAAAAGAAAAAAAAAGUUCGGACAGACCACCGAAAUUAACUUUGAUUCAAAGACUACAGAAUGGCUCAUCUUUUGCUGCUGAGAGAGUUAUUGGUAAUCGUCUUGCUCAAGUACAUUUUUAUAAAAAAGAAGAUAUACAGGGUAGUGGUGAAACAAUGGAAACACUUGUCCAUAAAUCAAGCGGUGGUGAUAGAAAUAUGAGUGGUAAUGCUAGUUCACAUGUACAAUAUUCAUCUAUGUCAAAUGCAAAUGCAUCAUCAACACAACUCAAUCCAAUAUCACAGUCUGUCUUGCCACAACCAGCUAGAAUUGCGAACGCUGCUAAACCUGUUCGUGACAGUGCACAAUUUGUCGAUCUUGUCUCUGCAGUUCUUUUUCCUGUUGCUUUUAUUGUAUUUAAUAUUAUUUAUUGGAUGGUAUAUCUUAAUAUGCAAGUUGAGUAUGUUCUGAAAUAG